AUGACAUCACUGCAUAUGGGAAGGGAGAUCGCAUGUAUUGGUGUGUACUGCCAUUUUCAUGACUUCGGCUACAGACUUCAGUUUUCACAAGUGCUGCGUAUUCACGAGUGCAUAAAAAUAUACUGUCUACAGUCACAGUAUCACGUUUUCGGUUUCCAUUUUAUUGCCUCAGCACUAGAAGAAUGCCCCUCCAUCUAUCGAAGAUUCAGCAAGCACCACAGUGUAUGCCUACAAAGAAGUAGUAGAUGCGACUUCAUUGAUAUUGGCAUUAAAGAUCAAUAUACAGAGAAAAUGGUCAUUCUUAACACCCAUAAUCAACAAAGGAAUAAAGUGGCCAUGGGUCAAGAAUCUAGAGCAGGUGGUCUGCCCACAGCAUCGAACAUGUUGGAGCUGGAAUGGGAUGAAGAACUUGCUUACAUAGCACAGAAAUGGGCAGAACAAUGUAUUUUUGAGCAUGAAUGUUGGCCAUGCCGUUCUUCGAAUAUUAUGCUAAAGAUUUCACAUUUUAUGUUUCCAGGAAGUUACGCCAUUUCACAGAAUUUGGCUGAACUUACAUAUUCUUGUCAAGCAGAUUGCGAAGUGAUGGAACAUGACUGGAAAACAAUGAUUGAAGCGUGGUACAACGAAGUGCAGGAUUUCAGUAAAAGUCUCAUACCAUCUAUUAAGUUUGAUCCCAUUUACGGCCACUUUGUAACGAUGACAUGGGCGGAGACCUAUAGAAUUGGUUGUGGAUAUACAUCCUAUAGAGUUGGAAGAUCAACUGCGAAACAACUUUAUGUAUGUGACUAUGCACCGGCAGCGUAA